GGGCCGCAGCGCCGUCCGCCCAGUGUACACAGCACAGUGCUCCAAGGAGGGUGUGUGACGCGCGCCCUAGCCCUCAGUGUUGGCCUGCCUGACAGGUCACUCCGCCAUCUCCCGCUUGCCGUGGCCGCUCCAUCCAGGCGACAGGUUGUCUCGCGAGACCAGGAUAUUGUUGUUGUGUCAGGCGCCGCAGUGCCACAGUGGAUUAUUGCGUACCAGUGAUCAUGCCGGACUGGCGGUGCCCAGGAGUGUGAGCUCGUCCCUAACUUGUGAGUGUUCCACCCCCGCCGGAGGUGGCCGUCAAUGUUCGUGCCGGAACAGUGCCACGAGAAGAUGGCUCUUGUUGUGCCGCCAGGCUCGACCUGGCGCGACCCGCCCGUGUCUCUCCCGCCCACAACGGGCGAGGACGUCAGCCGGGAGCUGGGUGCCAGCGUCACCCCGCAGCCCGCUGCUCCUCAGACGCCCACACCUAACUCUACCGCGGGCAGUGCGCCCUCGUCCGCCCCGAGUCCCACGGGGGAUGACAAGAAUGCACAGAACAUGACAUGUGUGGUGUGCAGCGACAAGAGUUCGGGAAAACACUACGGCCAGUUCACCUGCGAAGGCUGCAAGAGCUUCUUCAAGCGGUCGGUGCGACGGAACCUACAAUACUCCUGCAGAGGCAACCGCAACUGUCCAAUUGACCAGCACCACCGCAACCAGUGCCAGUACUGCCGCCUCAAAAAGUGCUUCAAGGUCGGCAUGCGGAGAGAAGACAAAAAUAAUGGGCAGCAUCUCCUCAUCAGGGGCUCAAUCCUCCCCCAAGACACGCUUCAGGCCGAGCAAGCCGUGCAGCGCGGCCGCGUCCCUCCCACCCAGGGGAUGGGCAUGCCCAGCCAAUUCAUGGCCAACGGCGACACCCUCAACGGCCACACGUACCUGUCCUCGUACAUCUCGCUGCUGCUGCGCGCCGAGCCCUUCCCCACCUCGCCCUACGGCCAGUGCAUGAACGCCAACAACAUCAUGGGCGUGGACAACAUCUGCGAGCUGGCCUCCCGCCUCCUCUUCUCGGCGGUGGGCUGGGCCAAGAACAUCCCCUUCUUCCCCGAGCUGCAGGUGACCGACCAAGUGGCACUGCUGCGGCUGGUCUGGUCUGAGUUGUUCGUGCUGAACGCCUCCCAGUGCUCCAUGCCCCUGCACGUGGCGCCACUCCUGGCCGCGGCUGGCCUGCACGCCUCGCCCAUGGCCGCGGACAGAGUGGUCGCCUUCAUGGACCACAUUCGCAUCUUCCAGGAACAAGUGGAGAAGCUGAAGGCACUCCACGUGGAUUCUGCGGAGUACUCGUGCCUCAAGGCCAUCGUCCUCUUCACUUCAGGUAAGUCACAGGCUGUGUUGUCCCUCACCUGCUGCCAUGACUCUUUACUUCAUCACGAGUCUUGUCAUAACUCGAUUUCUAGUCUCGUUGCGCUACUUUCCCUCGCCCUUCCUUGAGGCGACGCGAUGCGGCAGACACCUAACCUCCCCUGAAGGUCUGUCCCUCAGGCUCCACAGCCCUGGCCCCGCCGCCAGGACUCCCCAGCAAGGUUUGGGGAUCGAGGCGUCAGAGAGACCAGGAAGGCUUCACCUCUGGUCGGGUCACUUAAUCAGCCACAUAACUCCCUCUAUUGUAUACAAAACAGUACAUGGCCGGGGGCAAGGGAGAGCUGA